AUGCAAAGGACCCGCAUACCGUCCACGGGGCGACAGCAAAAGAUGAGCUCAACCUAUCCGAUGGCACCGAUUGGCGUUCGCGUGAUAAGCUACCUGUCGGCCAAAUUAUGUCCCCGCUUCCAGGUCAACCGUGUCCUGUGGUUCAAAUGUUCCGUCCUUGGAUUGACCUAUCUCGCCUACACCUGCUACCACAUGACGCGGAAACCGAUAUCGGUCGUGAAAUCGGUACUGCACCGGAACUGCUCAUCCGUUACGCUUCCGCCGGAGUUUGUCACGCCAGCGGGUGGAAGCGACCCGACUGCACCGUCCCCGCUUCCAACCGAUGGCACCUGGUGUGAUUACGCCCCAUUCGAUCAGCCGGACUUUAAUUCGCUGCUCGGCGCGCUGGACUCGGCGUUUCUAUUUAGCUACGCGAUCGCAAUGUUUUUUGCCGGGUUCAUCGCCGAGCGUGUGUCGUUGCGCUACUUCUUGGCCCUCGGGAUGGCAUUUUCCGGAGUGUUUUGCUAUCUGUUCGGAAUGGCAAAGGUGUACGACAUACAUGCGCUGUGGUACUUUAUUGCCGUCCAGGCACUGGCAGGCAUGUUCCAAACGACCGGCUGGCCCGGUGUCGUCACGAUCGUGGGCCGAUGGUUUGGCAAAUCGAAACGUGGGCUUAUCUUUGGCAUCUGGAACAGUCACACCUCGAUCGGGAAUGUGCUCGGUACACUGAUAGCGGCACACUACGUCGAACGGGACUGGUCGAUGUCGUUCGUGGUGCCGGGAUUUCUGAUGGGGGUGUGCGGGUUCGUCAUGUUUCUUUUUCUGGUCGAGCGGCCAGAAAUUGUCGACUGUCAGGAGAAGGUGGCCGAUUAUGCGCACCAACAGCGUGGAUCGGCUGGUGGUUCAAAUCAACGACGGAUGGACGAUUCCGUGAGUGAGGAAGAUUUCGCCCCAAAUAUAGAACAGGAUAAUGCUUCAACAAGAAGCUUACGUGGCAGCUAUUAUUCUGAGAUAAACGAACGCACACCGAUCAUUGGAAGCAUCAAUCGUGCGCCACCGCAUCAGGAUGCGAUCGGAUUCUUCGGUGCGCUGCGCAUUCCAGGUGUGGUUGAGUUUUCGCUCAGCCUGUUCUUUUCCAAGCUCGUCAGCUACACAUUCCUGUUCUGGCUACCAUUUUACAUACAACAUUCUACUUCCAUGGGCGCAAAACUGUCCGCGGAUGUAUCGACCGUAUUCGAUAUUGGCGGUAUUGUCGGUGCGAUCGCAGCCGGCAUGCUUUCAGAUGCUAGCGCUAUGCCUGCCACAACGUGCACCGGAAUGCUUGCGAUCGCUGCUCCGCUGCUACUUAUUUAUCGAUACUGGGGUAGUGUAUCGCUUUCGGUCAACAUUCUGCUACUGUUCAUCGUGGGCGUUACGGUGAAUGGGCCGUAUGCACUGAUUACCACCUCGGUCAGUGCCGAGCUGGGACAGCACAGUUCACUAAAUGGAAAUUCCAAAGCACUCGCCACGGUAACGGCCAUUAUCGAUGGGACGGGAUCGAUCGGGGCCGCGAUUGGACCGCUGCUUGCGGGCAUGCUAUCCGGAUGGAGUAACGUCUUCUACAUGCUGGUGACAUCGAACGUGCUGGCGCUCGUGAUGUUGCUGCGCAUCAGCAGCAAGGAAUGCUCGCGGCGCAACAUUAACCGACGAUACAACGUUCGUAUCGAGUGA